GGUGCUGGGACUGGGGCUGACGGAGUGAAUUCCUGGGCCAGCGCGCAUGCGUCGGCAGGUAGCAACCCAGCUCUUUAUGACCAGGUGAGAUGUUGGUGAGCAGGUAAAAAAAGGACGAUUUGCCUAAGCGAUUCCAGGGAGCGGGCCCGGCCGAGCCCUCCAGCCCAUGCCCGGCGGGGACCCGUCGCCAGGAGCGCUGAGCCGUGAUGUCCCUACUUGCCAAAAUGGGGGACUGGCAGGACCGUCACGACGGCACCAGCAACGGAACUGCACGGUUGCCCCAACUGGGCACUGUAGGUCAAUCUCCCUACACGAGCGCCCCGCCGCUGUCCCACACCCCAAAUGCUGACUUCCAGCCCCCUUACUUUCCCCCGCCCUACCAGCCUAUCUACCCGCAGUCCCAAGAUCCUUACUCCCACGUCAACGACCCCUACAGCCUCAACCCCCUACACGCCCAGCCGCAGCCGCAGCCCCCGGGCUGGCCCGGCCAGAGGCAAAGCCAGGAGUCUGGGCUCCUGCACACGCACCGGGGGCUGCCCCACCAGCUGUCGGGCCUGGAUCCGCGCAGGGACUACCGGCGGCACGAAGACCUCCUGCACGGCCCGCACGGGCUCGGCUCAGGACUCGGAGACCUCCCGAUCCACUCCUUACCUCACGCCAUCGAAGACGUCCCGCACGUAGAAGACCCGGGCAUUAACAUCCCAGAUCAAACUGUAAUUAAGAAAGGCCCCGUGUCCCUGUCCAAAUCCAACAGCAACGCCGUCUCCGCCAUCCCUAUCAACAAGGACAACCUCUUCGGCGGGGUGGUGAACCCCAACGAAGUCUUCUGUUCAGUUCCGGGUCGCCUCUCGCUCCUCAGCUCCACCUCGAAGUACAAGGUCACGGUGGCGGAAGUGCAGCGGCGCCUCUCCCCGCCCGAGUGUCUCAACGCGUCGCUGCUGGGCGGGGUGCUGCGGAGGGCGAAGUCGAAAAACGGAGGAAGAUCUUUAAGAGAAAAACUGGACAAAAUAGGAUUAAAUCUGCCGGCAGGGAGACGUAAGGCAGCCAACGUGACCCUGCUCACAUCACUCGUGGAGGGAGAAGCCGUCCACCUAGCCAGGGACUUUGGGUAUGUGUGCGAAACCGAAUUUCCUGCCAAAGCAGUAGCUGAAUUUCUCAACCGACAACAUUCCGAUCCCAAUGAGCAAGUGACAAGAAAAAACAUGCUCCUGGCUACCAAACAGAUAUGCAAAGAGUUCACCGACCUGCUGGCCCAGGACCGGUCUCCCCUGGGGAACUCGCGGCCCAACCCAAUCCUGGAGCCUGGCAUCCAGAGCUGCUUAACUCACUUCAACCUCAUCUCGCAUGGCUUCGGCAGCCCAGCCGUGUGCGCCGCCGUCACGGCCCUGCAGAACUAUCUCACCGAGGCCCUCAAGGCCAUGGACAAAAUGUACCUCAGUAACAACCCCAACAGCCACACGGACAGCAGCGCCAAAAGCAGCGACAAAGAGGAGAAGCACAGGAAGUGAGCCCCGCCCGCCGCGCCCCUGCCCUCCCCACUCUCCCACCGGCAGGUGACAGCUGGGGACCAGCCACCCUCACUGCCGCUGCUACCGCCAUCGCCGCCACCUCCGCCGCCCCGGCUCCCCCAGGCUCCCGGGGACUGCUCCACCGUCAGAAGUGGGCAGCCAGCCAAUGCCGACUCGACCCCCUGCCUCGACUUACCCCUUCAGCACCCACAAGCCUCCCCCACCCCCGCCCUCUUCUGGAGCCUGAGAGAACAGAACAGGCCGUGAAGCCAGCAAAGAAAAGUUCUGUCGAGUUUAUGAACUUCUUUUUUUUUUUUUAAUAUCAGCAACAGCAACGAAAAUAUAAAAAAACUUUUUUUUUCUAGAAAAAAGAACAUAAAAAUUAAAAAAAAAAUUAUCUGAGCUUCAUGGGACUGAAGCACCACCUUCCCUUCCAUACUCCAGUUCAGAUUGUAGCCAUACU